AGUACAUGUGUUAUCGAGCCUGCUCUGUUGCUGUUUCUGCAUAGAGGAGUACUGACAUUCAGAAACUUGGUUGCUUCUGAAAAGGCGUGAUUCUUAUUCUCAGAAGUGAUGUGGGACAUCUGAGUGUUGUAUAGGCUUCAGUGAACAAUGCUUUACCCAGAAGCACAAAGUCAUAUGUACUGGAAACUCAUCAGGGCACCAGACGAUUCUAAAGGGUAAGUUUAGGGUUGGUUAAGGUUAGGGUUGGGGUUGUGAUAGGGUCAAGGUGGGUUGAUGUUGGAGAAGAUGUCGUUGAAAGGUGGGAGUGCUGGACAAAUGCCCUGGAAUCAUCUGAUGCCCUGAGGACAGUUUCUAGUGGAUAUUACUUUGUGCUGCAUUUCACCUUUAGGAUUUAGUGCACAGCAAAACACGUAUCCAUCACUUCAGAACUUUAAUAACUGGAUAUUUAAACAGGUCACAAAUAUUAGGGAAAUGUAGAAGUUACAAAGUAUUCAUUAGAGAGUUAAAGGGAAUCAAAUGUUGACAGAAAUCAAUGAUCUGGUAUUUAAAAACGUGUUUAGAAUCUCCAACCUGACGUGCGUUUUAACUAUGCUUCUGUAUUGUGUGUGAGGAGACAGCUAUUCCACCUUUACAUUUUUACCCUUGACUAAAGCAAUAAGUUCAAUGUUUCUCUAGCUGAAGCUAAUAGCAGGCUAUUUCCUUGUUUGUUUCCUCAGGAAUGGCCAUGUGUGUUUGGACUUUGUAUUUGAAGCACUUGCAGGGAAAGUCCCUAGCAGUGUGUUUGUGUGUUGGAAAAGGUAACAGAUUAACAAAGAGUAGAGGCACUAACAAUACUGCAUCUUACACCACAGCAGCAGCUCUACACAGCAAGGACUGGCUUAUUGGAAAGGAUCACCAGGCUGGGCUAGUGAUGGCUGGAGGGGUAGACCUAUCUGGCAAGGAGCUGAACGAUCUGGAUGAAGAGGAACUCUGGGAGCUGAUCAAUAACCACCGGGACAAGAUCACCCUGGGAGUGAAGCCAUGUAUGCUGACUGCAUACCUCCGACAGGCUUGCGUGCUCAGCGACCUGGACGAAGAAGAGAUCCUGCAUAGCCUGAAGAACACCAACCGCUGCAUGAGAACUGGUUACAUGCUGGAUAUCCUGAAAACACGAGGUAAGAAUGGGGCCAUUGCCUUCCUGGAGAGCUUGAUGAUCCACUUCCCAAAGCUGUACACCCAGGUGACCGGCAAGGAGCCCACCAUGGAGCACUCUAGCGGUGUGAUGAAGCACUCAGAGCUGACAGAGUACCUGGUGAAGGCGAUGACAGAGAUGCAGGAGGUCCGAAGCCAGGAGAAGAGCAAGGCGUUGUUGCUGGAGAGUCGCUGCUUCCAGCUGGAGGCAGAGCUGGCCGAGGCCAAGCGGCGAGUGGAGGAGCUGGGCAACUUGGACGCAGAGUUUAAGCGUCUCCAGAGCGAGUUCAACCUCCGCUACCAGGAGCUGCUGCGAGUCAAGGACGAAAAGUGCAACCUUUGCAUGCGCUACACCAGUGCUGUGGAGGAGAGCUCCUUGCUGGCCUCACGCUGCCGUGACCUACAGCUCGAGCUCUACCAGAUGAAGUUCGAGUUGAAGAAGGCCAAGUCAGAGUCAGAGUUUGAGAGGAAGAAAUCAGUGGUUUUGCAGCGUCGGAGUGAGGCAGUGGAGCUCAAAGAGGAGAUUGAGAGCCUGAACCACAAACUGCUGCAUGCGGAGAAGUUUGACCCGGCAAGAGAUGACAUCCUGGUGCAGGACCUGGCGGAGGCGCAGCAAAGCAGGUGGGAGCUGAUGGACCAAAUCCACUCCCUGCGGGAGGAGGCUGAGAAGGCCACGUGUGAGCGGGACGAGCACUUUGAAGAGAAGGAGGCUCUGCUUCUCGAGUGUGAGAAGCUGCGUCUGGACUGUGAGAUGUACCAGGAGAAGACAGCAGCCUUUCAGGUGCAGCUGAGAGAGCUGCAGAAGGAGAGAGACCAGGCCUAUCUGGCUCGUGAUGAGGCGCAAUGUGGCAUCUCGCAGAGCUUGACUGAGAAGGAUUUUAUGCGGCUGCAGGUUAUGGAGCUCCAGGGCCAGAUCUAUGAGCUGCGCAAGCAGGCAACGCAGAUGAAGGGACAACUAGAGCGACAGGAGUCAAGGGACGGCUGCGAAACGGAGACAGAGGGAGGGAAAUGGAACCGCCCAAAGCUGAGGAGAAUGCAGGCCAUUGAUCCGUCAUCUUCCUGCAGCGACUGUGAAGGCAGCAUGGGUAGCAAUGAGCGCUGCCCUCCCGGUAGAGUCAAGGACUGGAGCUCCGAGGAGCUCAACAGCUUCAAGUCGAACAUGGCGGAGCCGCCAAGCUGCGAGUCCAUCAGUCAGAGAGAUGUAGAAGGCUAUCUGGAUGGAAUGUCACUAAGCCGCCAAGCGCUCGUAGACUGGGAUUCAGUCCACUCACUGGUGGACUUGGAUAAUGACUUUGUGUUGGUGACCAAAGAUCUAAUAGAUGUUACAGUCCCACCACCUCCAUCAACUGCAAUCUGUGAGCCCAAAAGUGGGGUAUUUCUGAAGCCCAUGCGACGCAGAGCGCAGCGCAUCAGGAGUCGCGUGAUGACCAUCGCCUUCCAGGGGGGUUUGCUGCUGGGGCAGAUCCAGGUGGUGGGCGGGAACGAGACAGGGAUCUUUGUGCACUCUGUCUCCACAGGGUCUGCUGCUGAUGAGAUGGGGCUCAGCCCAGGCUCUCAGAUCCUGGCUGUUGAGUAUGAGCUCCAGCAGCACACAUUCAAAGCUGUCCUGGAGGAGAGUACCCUUGAGGAGGCGAUGUGGGCCCUCAGGCAGGUCCAGGGAUUCUGCUGUUUGACCAUCCGACCCAACAUGGACGGCUACCAACAGUUGCUGUGUAAGCUGGAGAGCAAGGAGGUGAGUUCCGGGGACUCAUUCUAUAUCCGUGUGAACCUGUCGAUGGAGAAGGGGAGUGGAGCUGGGCUGCAGGUCCAGUGUAACGAUAUCCUUCACAUCACAGACACUCUGUAUGGUGGAGUGGAGCAGUGGAACGCCUGCUGCACCGACCCCUUUUGCAUGCAGGACCUGGAUGCUGGGACCAUCCCCAACUACUACAGAGCUCAGAUGCUGUUGAUCAAAGCGAUUGAGAACAUGUGUCUUCAACAUACCACCACCAAAAAGCUGGACAAGAAUCAGGUGGCAGGGAAGAAGAAGGCAGUCAGGAUUGUGAGCAUUGGCAGGACACUAAGAAAUCCACUCUGGUUCUCCAAUGACUGUGAAGGCAAUGAGCAGGGCAAGGGGCAAGGGAGCAGCGUGGAGUCUGCUGCGCUGGGUAGCUGUAUCACUCUCAUGCCAUACACCUUGGUGACACCCCGUCGCCCUCCCUCCAAGCGCCCGGUCCUCCUCCUUCCCAACAUUCUCGGCCGUCUCCUCAAUGAACGGCUCCAAGAAUACCAGGAAUUCCAACUGUGUCAGCCAGAGCUUCUCUCAGACAGUGAGUUUGCAGAGAGACUGAAGCUUGGAGACAUACUGGGGGUGAAAGAAAGACAGAAAACUUACAACUGCUACACAAAACAAGCAGUGGAAACCAUCAUGGAAAAGAAUGCCCACUGCCUGCUAGAGGUGGAGUUGGAUUGUGUGAGGCGCAUGCACAAAGCGGAAAUAUUCCCCAUCAUUAUCUUCAUCGUGACCUCGGAGAAGAUUGCAAAGAAGCUCAGGAAAAAGUUACAGAGACAGGGAUCUUCAGAAGAGCAUCUGCUAGAAUGUUAUAAAGAAGCGGAGACGCUUGUAGAUAAGCUGCCCUGUCUGACCAGAACCAUUUCCUCAGAGACCUGGAGCGACAUGGAGUCGCUUAUCAGCUGCGUCAAAGCUGCUGUCGCCGAAGAACAAAAAAAGAUCGUCUGGAUCGAACAAGACCUCCGGUGAAGAUAAUAUUAAAAAAAAAAAAAAAAAAAAAAAAAUAAAACAUUCGAGAGGAAAAACGGAGAGUUUUUCAAGGUGCCUGCACCUAUUCAGUUUACAAUUGGACGUGAAUGUGAAUUGAAUAAUGAGUAUUAAACCUGUCAGGGAUUUUGUCCCUUUUUAUAUUACAGUAUUUGUAUUAUUUAAUUAAUUAUAUUGACGAGAAGUAUAAAGGUUAUUUAUCUAGAAGACUUACCAGG